AUGCUUAUCAAAGAAUAUCGCGUAACGCUACCAUUAACGGUUGAAGAGUACCAAGUUGCCCAGCUGUACUGUGUCGCAGAAGUAUCCAAAAAUGAAACUGGAGGUGGUGAAGGCAUAGAAGUAAUUAAGAAUGAACCAUUCAAAGACUAUCCCUUACUCGGGGGCAAAUACUCAUCGGGACAGUACACAUAUAAGAUCUACCACUUGGCGUCGAAGGUGCCGGCCUUCAUCAGAUUGCUGGCGCCCAAGGGAUCCCUGGAAGUGCACGAAGAAGCCUGGAACGCGUAUCCGUACUGUCGGACUGUUUUAACGAAUCCCGGUUACAUGAAGGAGAACUUCGUUAUCUGCAUAGAGUCGCUUCAUCUACCUGACGCUGGGGACCAGUAUAAUGUACACGAACUGCCUCCAGAGAAGCUAAAGACACGUGAAGUGGUUAACAUCGACAUCGCGAAUGACCCAAUGUCCGCCGCGGACUACAAGUCAGAAACGGACCCGACCAAGUUCAAGUCGAACAAGACGGGGCGCGGCCCGUUGACGGGUCCCAACUGGAAGAAUGAGGUGAAGCCGGUUAUGACCUGCUACAAAUUGGUCACUGCCGAGUUCAAGUGGUUCGGACUGCAGAGCAAAGUGGAAAAUGUCAUUCAGAAAUCUGAGCGAAGAUUAUUCACAAUCUUCCACAGGCAAGUCUUCUGCUCAAUGGACGAUUGGUACGGCAUGACCAUGGCGGACAUCCGAGCCAUCGAGGACCGCACCAAGGAGGAGUUGGAGAGGCUUCGUCGCGAAGGCGAGGUGCGCGGUAUGCGCGCGGAUAACGAAUAG